AUUGUUAAAAGCACUUUGAGUGAUUAAGAGUAUAAUAUACGUGAAUAGGGUCAUGGCCCGCACGGGGAUCCACUUUGGCGUUAUUAGCACCACGCCCUAACCAACUGAGCUAACCGGCCCGUGCAGGGCGUUAUUUUGAGACCCUUCAUGCUAGAACGGCUGAUACGAAACUGAAAGUUAAGGGGAGGAGAUUCCCAUUCUGAACCUGAACAGAAAGUGGAAGUUAAAUAGAACAGACGGCUCUUCACAAAAGCCUUUAACUUUUAACUUUGAACUUCAACCAGCCUAAACGACACAAGGGCUUAAACAGCAUCCAUUUGUGAAGCAGGAUGUCGCUACAAUUCUUUGGAUGGGAGGUUACCUAUGAUGAUGAGUCUCCCAGUGUGGAGCUGACAGCCUCCCAGGCACCCAAAGAUAAGGGUGUCUACACCAUGUACCAUGGUACCAGCAUUGCCAAUGCACGUCUCAUCAUUGCCAAUGGCUUUCAGCAGUCGCAGGGGGGCAUGCUAGGAAAGGGUGUGUACGUCAGCCGUGAUAAGAAAAAGGCAGAACGUUAUCCAUUGAACAACAGCCCUACAGACCGUGUGGUCCUCGAGUUACGCGUGUCUGUUGGCCGUGUCAAACGCAUUGACAAGGACAACCAUCCUAUGCAGUACACUUGGAGCACGCAGGGAUAUGACACUGCUUGGGUACCCCCUAACUGUGGGAUGAAAGCUGUGCCCAGCGGCCUGGAAGAGGACUGUGUGUUUGACCCCAAAAGAGUGACAGUCGUGGGCAUUGCAAAGGCUCCACACAAUGUGCAGACAGAACUUAAGCAGCUGGUGGCUCAGAACAUCAGCCAUUCCAGCACAGUCCCGGGUGGAGUAGUGUAUGGUGCUGCUGCUUUGGACGUGUGUUCACUAUGCAAACGCAGGCAGCAGCAGGGGUCUCCACACAUCACGACACCAUGCUGGGGCUGUGGGCAAAACAUCUGUAUUCUUAUGAGCAAACAUGUAUGUCCAGUUAGCGUUUGAGAGUGAGUGACACGGAUGGAUUCACAUAUAUGAUCUGGCAGAGUGUCGGAAAAAAGCUCAAAAACGCAUAUGACUCAAAGUUUCUUCUGUUUCUUCCACUUUAGGGAUGUUUGAAUAUUGUUUACAAAGUUUUAUGUGAAUUUUAAAAGUCACUGCUCAUUCUAAUUUACACUGCUGUCUUUUAUAGUUUACGUGCAAUCAAGAUGAGACAAUUGUUAGAUAUUGGGAAAAUGUCUUUAUUUCACUUUGAAUGUAGAUGCGGUACCUGCAUUUUAAGCACAUUUUGAAAUAUGUGACAAUCAUGACUUCAACUUAAAGAGGUGAUUAGAUCAUGUAAAGCCAUUAAAGCCAUUAUUUAAAGACCCA